UUCCAUGCGCUUUAUUUAGAUAGAACAACCAUCAUUAAUUUUUUGCCACUGGUAUUAAUUUUGGAGAUCUAUCAUGCUGAAUAGGUUUGUUCUCGGGACCUUGUAAUGGCUCUCCCUCGUACCCCAUUUUCCUCCGACCCUGGAUAUGAGCAGACGUCCAACUUUUUUGACAACUUUUACCCACAGGGACCACACCGAGACCCCUCACCUAGUGUUCGUGUGAAACCGGAGGCUGUUGACAUUGCCCGGGCCCACACUAUCGGCUCUGUGGGACUGCUCUUUGAGACAAUGGCACAGCCACCACAAUCUAAGAGCAGAUACAAACGUGAAGAUCCCAAGAACUUUACAAAGAUGAACAUGCGUAAGAUUCGUGAGAUUCAGAGCCAGUCCAAGAGAAAACAGGAGGAGAAGAGUAAGCCCCUCAAACCAGUGCAGAUGUUAGACAAGUACAGCCACAUUCCAGCCAAGGUCACUGCGCAUAUUAAUGGCCCAAGACCUCCCUCUGGUGGUCGUCCAUCCUCAGCCGGGGCUGUGAGGUGGGGCCCGGUGACACACCAUAAUGGUGGUGACUCCAGAGUGCCUGUCAAUGGCACUGGUGUAGGGGACUCUAACACUGGACUUAGAGAGAGGAGACCAUCCAGUGUUAAUAGCGAGAGAAGCAAGAACUUUUUAGCCGCUAACGUCAGCUCAGCUUGUACCACAAGUAUUAAGAGGCCACCCUCUAGACAGAAACUAGAAUCUCUGGAGGCUAAGAAACAACAAGACCUGCACGAGUAUCAGAGAGGACAGGUCCCACAAUAUCUUCGAGCCAGACAAGAGGAGUGGCGUCGUGCUGAGGAGGAGAGAGUUGCCUCCCUGCCUGACCCCACCGUCCCUCCCGGUCACACUCUAAUGCCUGCCAAGGAGAGACUCAAAACUUUACAAGCUCUAAGAGAACAUCAGUCGACUCUGACUGCUGAGCUUAAUGCCCUGCCCCUACAAAGUGUUACUCUGAGGGUCAAGCAACGCAAGACAGCACUCGAGAGCAAACUGGGAGAGAUUGAAGACGCUCUCAAGAUAUUCAGUAGACCCAGAGUCUUCGUUAGGACAGAUGAGUGAACACUGCUAUAAACUAUAAACACAUCCUGAUUCCUGUUUCAUUUCCUUAGCUUGUACAUGUAAUUAAUUUGCACCUGCUACCAUUUUCAUGAAAAAAACAUUUCUUUACCCUCA